AAUAUACAAAUGAAAUUAGUGCCUCUCAUUUCCUCUUCCUUUUCACUUUCUCAUUGUAUAUUAUAAACAAUAUACUACAACAAUUAUUUUAAUCUCACUUUUCCCAAUCCCAUACUACAUUAUAAAUAUACAAUAGUACAAACAAAUUCUGCAUUCAAACAUUCUAUUCUAACUUGCUUGCAUUCAAUAUCACACAUUUUCUAUAAUGGCUAACACUACUCUUUUCCAUUCACUGCAAUUAUUUUUGGUUUUCACUUGCAUGUUGUUAAAUGCAGGAACAUUGACAUUCGGUGCACGCUAUCACGACACAACCUUCAACUCUUUAUCUUCUUCAAACUCCUCCCACGACAACCACCACUGGACCGGACCAGUUGGCCACCGUGUAAUAACGGUUGAUGUCAAUGGCGGAGGCCAGUUCAGUUCCGUCCAAGACGCUGUCAAUGAUGUCCCGGACAACAAUACAAUGAACGUCCUUAUUAAAAUUAGUGCCGGAAAAUACAAAGAGAAAGUGGUGGUUCCCGUGACGAAACCGUACGUAACUUUUCAAGGGGAGGGAAGAGAAGUGACAGUGAUAGAAUGGCAUGAUAGAGCGAGUGAUCCUGGUCCCAAUGGACAACAGCUACGGACUUAUAGAACUGCUUCUGUUACCGUUUUCGCUAAUUAUUUCUCCGCAAGAAAUAUCACCUUCAAGAACACAGCGCCGGCACCGAUGCCGGGGAUGCAAGGAUGGCAAGCGGUGGCGUUUCGGAUAUCCGGCGAUAAAGCGUACUUCUCCGGCUGUGGAUUCUACGGCGCACAGGAUACACUUUGCGAUGAUGCUGGUAGACAUUACUUCAAAGAAUGCUACAUUGAGGGUUCCAUUGAUUUCAUUUUCGGAAAUGGCAGAUCCAUCUACAAGGAUUGUGAGCUACAUUCGAUAGCAUCAAGGUUCGGAUCUAUAGCAGCACAGGAUAGAAAUGACCCAACUGAGAAAACGGGCUUUGCAUUUGUACGAUGCAAGGUGACGGGCUCAGGCCCAUUAUACGUGGGCCGAGCAAUGGGCCAAUACUCGAGAAUAGUAUACGCAUACACAUACUUCGAUAAUAUAGUUGCAAACGGUGGUUGGGAUGAUUGGGAUCACGCCAACAACAAAAACAAGACUGUGUUCUUUGGAGUGUACAAAUGUUGGGGACCAGGUGCAAAUGCAGUACGUGGGGUGUCAUGGGCCCAAGAGUUGGAUUUCGAAUCUGCACAUCCAUUUAUCAGAAAGAGUUUCGUCAAUGGAAGACAUUGGAUAGCACCCAAUGAUGCCUAACCAUUUAUAUACCAUUUUUCUUAACAAUGAAAAGAAGAAAGAAAAAAAAAAAGCUAAAUAUUAGAGUCCAUAAAAGAAAAAGGCAUAUUUUGUUCUUUUUUAUAUAGGAAUUCAUUUGUGGAUAAUUUUAUAUACUCUCUUUUUAGAGGGAAUAGUGUAUGAUUUUUUUUAUUGAGUGUUCUUUGAUUUCCUUUGAAUUAUAAUAAAGAUACAAAUUAUAAAGGUGCAAUUCAACGAUUCUAUAUUUA